CGGUGUCCCCACAGAAAAAGGCGGUGUCCCCACAGAAAGAGGCGGUGUCCCCGCGGCAGGGGCGGUGUCUGCCGGCCAUGGCGGCGCUGCGCAUCCAGAGCGACUGGGGCCUCGCGCUCAGCAGGGACGAGGGCGAGGCCUGGCUGAGCUGCCGCUGCCCCGGGAAGCCUACCCUGUAUGGCAGCGUCACCCGCCGUGGGCUCAGCUCCGAGGGCAUCCCAGACAUCGCGGCCUCCGAGGGAUUCCUGGUCCAGGAAGUCACCAAGAAAAGCAUCCUCAUUUCUUGUCCUCACGAAAAUGUGUCCACAAAGUUCCUGGCCCCGUACACAACUUUUUCCAGGAUUCAUCAGAAAAGUAUCACCUGCCUUGACAUUUCCAGUGGUGGAGGACUCGGUGUGUCCACCAGCACAGAUGGGACCAUGAAAAUCUGGCAGGCUGCCAAUGGAGAAAUAAGAAGACUGUUGGAAGGCCAUGUGUAUGAUGUGAAUUGUUGCAGGUUUUUCCCAUCUGGCCUCGUGGUCCUGAGUGGGGGAAUGGAUGCCCAGCUCAAGAUCUGGUCAGCAGAGGAUGCCAGCUGUGUAGUGACAUUUAAAGGUCACAAAGGAGGGAUUUUGGACACUGCUAUUGUGGAUCGGGGCAGGAAUGUCCUGUCCUGCUCCAGGGAUGGCACUGCCCGGCUCUGGGACUGCGGGAAAUCCGCCUGUCUGGGUGUCAUUGCCGACUGUGGCUGCCCCGUGAACGGCAUCGCCGCGGGCGCUGCCGACGACUCCCUGAACCUGGGCACGCCCGAGCACCCUCCCAGCGAGCGUGAGAUCGGGACAGAAGGGAAAAUCCUGCUGCUGGCCCGGGAGGACAAGAAGCUUCAGGGAGUGGGACUGCAGAGCAGGCAACCGGUGUUCCUCUUCGUGGGAUCUGACGCCUUCAACUGCUGCACGUUCCUCUCGAGCACCUGUAUCCUGGCAGGGACUCAGGAUGGGAACAUCUACCAGCUGGAUGUGAGGAACACAAGCGCUCCAAUCCAGGUCGUCCACAGAUCGGGAGCGCCGGUGCUUUCCCUGCUCCCGUACCGAGACGGAUUCAUUGCCAGCCAAGGGGAUGGCACCUGCUUCAUCCUCCAGCAGGACCUGGAUUAUGUCCUGGAUCUCACCGAGGCCGACUGCGACCCCGUGUACAAGGUGGCUUCUUGGGAGAAGGAGAUUUACACCUGCUGCAGAGACGGCACAGUGAGGAGAUACCAACUUUCUGACCUUUAAGUGUUUGAAGGGACCAAACAAACAGUGAGGAAAAUGUGUCGGGAUGGCUCUUCCAAGCUGAUUUUCCUGGGAGGUGGAUGCACAAUUUGAGGCUCUUGUGGCGACCAGAGUGUUUUGGUGGCCUAACAAGGAGAAAUAAAGUCACAACAGACAAGAGGCUCAUUUCUUUGCAGUGUCAGGGUAAAUCUUCCACAGGUCUAACUGUUGCUGUGUCUGAGCCACCUGUUCUGCUCUGCUGGAACACUUGCACAGCAGCCUCUGUUUGGGGAUGGGCCCUGCCACAGUUCCUGCUGGUGCUCCCCUUGACUGGUUGUUGGAGGAAAAUCAGAGCAGUGUAUCUUUUAUUUUUUUUUUUAAUAGGGUAUUUUGCUGUUUUUGAUUUACUUUCUAGGAAAAACCCUCUCUUGUCUGACUGUGUGAUUAAGUAGCUGAUGCAAUAAUUCUUUACAGAGAGGAAAAGAUGCCAGAACAUUUGAGUGGUGUAAAACUCGACUGCAGAGAGGAUUAGAAAAGGUACAAGGAGGAAUAAUUUUGUCUUGGCAGGAAGUAGACUUAAUAGUGCUUUUGUUAUCUGUAAUUUUUAUGAUUCUGUGGCUAACCAGGGCAAUGUUUAAUGUUCCUUAUACAGCAGGUGAAGGCAGAAGAAGGAAAAUUGACGCCCCCAGCACUGUUAUAAUUCAUUUCAUUACUUCACCCAGGGCUUUUAUAUUGGCACGCCCAAGGUCCCUUUUGUAAAGGAUCUGUUUGAACAGUGACUCAAUUAGCAAGGUGCAAACAAGCAAAAGCAAACAAAAAAUUAAUUGGAUGGAUGUUUUAACUAAUAUUCUAAUUCGAAAAUGUUUUAAAGAGGGAUAAGGUGUCUGUCUCCUCCAGAACCCUCUGUCUUUGAUGCUAUUUAGUGAAAAUAUACCAAGUAUGAGCUGUAUUUUAGUAGCUGUAAACUUUGCUGGUUAUGCAUUGAGAGCUCUUGAUUUUUCAUAGCAGCAUUCAACAUGUGCACACUGGACAUGGAAUUACUUGACUUUAAUUUUAGAUACAAAAUGUCUUCACUCAAGAAGCUUCUUUUCUUCAAAAGCGGGGCCUAUCCUAUAUCUAACAAAUCCCUCUGGCCCGCUGAACUACACAUUUUAAGGAAAAAAUAACGUGAAUGGCAAAGAACUGGGUUGAAAAGGAAACCAGGUACGUGUGACAGGGAAGGCAAACUCAUUCUUAUCUGCUUUUUUUCUUUGGUUUGUUAACUGAACCUGACAUAGAUAAUAAAUCCUGUGGAAAAAAGAUUGAGUGGGAUAUCGUAUUGACUACUACAACAUACAGAAAAAUUACUCAGAGUGGAAGAUUUGCACUGAUUGAGUCAGGUAUUUUGAUGGAAAACUGAAUCAACCAAUACGCAGAUAAACCCUGUUGGAGUUUAAUCUCGAUAACAGUAAAAUACCAUCUUGAAAACUAAAGAAACCCCAGGGUUUUGAGGAGUUCAAUAAUACUUUCAUGUAGUGAGUUUAUCUAUGUUAAAAAAAAAAAUCACAUACAAGUGAUAAAUAAACAACAAGGGUUCCAAUUUUA